GUGAGGAAAGUUUGUUUUGUGCACCACAAGUGUCAAGUGGAGUGGCAUCCCUAGCUCCAUGGUAAGGUCAUUAACAGCUUCAAUGGGGAUUGUAUCAAUAACUCAGACUCACCUCUAUUUGGUCCCCCGUUAUCCUUCAUCAAUCUCAUCCAAUCUCUACGCUUCUUCUCUCACCCUCUCAACCAAGGCCUCCAUUCAUCAAUCUACACAACCUUAUGUUCACUCCAAAUCACUAGGAAUGGGGAGUUCAUCACAGUUGGUGCCAUUCCCGUUGUUGAUGAAUGAGAGUUACACAGCAUGCACCAUUCCUUGGAGGUUCCCUCCCGACGAUCCACGCAUUCUCACUGCCACCGAGCUAUCAUGGAUUAAUCUCCUCCACAAAACUAUCCCCACCUACAACUUUGAUUUGGUACAGGAAGCAUGCUGAGAGUGAUACUUCUGUUCCUGAUGCUGCAAACAAAGCUGAAAAAUUUGCUCAAAGGUUUGCUAGAAUACUUGAAGAUUUCAAGAAAGAUCCAGGAAGUCAAGGCGGUCCUCUUGAUAUACUUCUUCUGUGCAGACUUCGUGAGCAAGUCCUUAGAGAACUUGGAUUCAGAGAUAUCUUCAAGAAAAUAAAGGAUGUAGAGAAUGCAAAUGCUAUAGCCCUAUUUGAGAAUGUUGUUCGUCUUAAUGAUGCCAUUGAAGAUGAAGGGGAACGACUAGAGAAUUUAGUUAGAGGAAUUUUUGCUGGAAACAUAUUUGAUCUUGGUGCUACCCAGCUUGUCGAGGUUUUCUCUAGGGAUGGAGUGUCUUUUUCAACUACUUGUCAAAAUCUCGUCCCUCGACCUUGGGUUAUUGAUGACCUUGAAACUUUCAAAAUAAACUGGAGCAGGAAGUCCUGGAAGAAGGUAAUCAUAUUUGUUGAUAACUCUGGUGCAGAUAUCAUUUUGGGUAUUCUGCCAUUUGCAAGGGAGCUCCUUCGACGCGGGAGUCAGGUUAUAUUGGCUGCUAAUGACUUACCUUCCAUCAAUGAUGUGACCUACUCUGAGCUAAUCGAAAUUAUAUCAAAGUUAAAGGAUGAAGAUGGAUCUCUCAUGGGUGUCAGUACUUCAAAUCUUUUAAUUGCCAACUCUGGAAAUGAUUUGCCUGUUAUUGAUCUUAAAGGGGUAUCACAGGAACUUGCAGACCUUGCCAAUGAUGCAGAUUUUGUCGUCUUAGAAGGGAUGGGUCGUGGAAUAGAAACAAAUCUUUAUGCUCAAUUUAAAUGUGAUUCCCUCAAGAUUGCUAUGGUAAAACAUCUCGAGGUUGCAGAAUUUCUUGGGUCACGUUUGUAUGACUGCGUGAUCAAAUACGACGAAGUUUAGAACUUAUAAUUAAGGCUGAUUCGUUACUCUGAUAAAUAGCUAAUGCUACAUUUGCGAUUAGUCUAGGCUUGUUUUUUUAAAGCUGCAUAUACUUCCAAAUAAUACGUUAGUUGCUUUUUUCUUCAUGUUUAUUGAUCUUUAAGAUUAGUGUACACAAAAUAAGGAAUAUUUAAUGAAUACUACUUAGGAUAAA